UUCAGUUUUGGAAAAUUGCAAGCAAAAAAUGUUGUAUCAUUAUGCACUCUAAAAUAAAUAUUAUCUCGCGUAAAAUUAAAAACAACUGCCUGACGUACCCGUUAUGAUACCGUUUCUAAAUUACGAAGUAUAUCUGUCCUUUCUCAUAUACGUAAUUACGAAAACCUUGUGCUCGAUCGUCGACAAAUAUCGGGUCAUGCACAAGCAAGAAGUGUGCGUCGAAGAAAAAGUUGAAGAUGACGUCAAAUGGGUGCCUAAGAAAAAGCACGAAGUCCUUAAAGCGAAAUACAAGUGCUUGAAAAAGCUCUUCCAAAUCUACGAUGCUAGUGUUAUAGGAAUUCUUCCAGAAAAUUACAUGCAACCAUAUCCCGAAAAAAGACGCAAAAAGCGAUCGAAGCGUACGAAAACUGAUGCCAUAGUUGGUACCGCUGAACUGUCAAACGACGACACCGAUUCGGGCAGUUCUGCGCCCGUAGUUCCGUCCACAUUCAAAAAGGACGGAUUCACCCAGGAUUGUAAAGAAAAUGUCUCAGUUCAAAGCGAGAUAAAGCAAUCUGUUGUCAAUGUACCGUACAGGGAAAUGCGAAAACCGACGCGAUUCCAGUGCUUUUUGCAGCGAAUUUUUGGGUUAAAUCCUGAUAGAUUAAAAAGGGGAUAUGCUAGUGAUAAUGAUAUUAUAUGUUAUGAUAGACGCCGGCGUGGUAUAAGGCUUAGAAGACGUCGAACGAAGCAGGCAAGGUCUGAAAUGGUUUUGAACGAUGUGAAAAGUCCAGUUAUUUUGUCGUAUGUUCAGAGUGUUCAGAGAAGUUGUUUGAUGGAGUCUACACCACGCCAGUGUCCUAUUACUGGGUGUAAAAUGAUGUGUUAUGGAAUAAUAAACUACAACGACCACUUAAACCUCUGCCACUUUCCUGAACGUCAAUAUGUCUGUCACUACUGUCAUGAAGGCUUCACCAGCGAGUGUGAUAAAUUGCAGCAUGAGAACGAGCAUCUAGGGAUAUCGAGAAUUAAUACUAGUGAUGUUUCCAGUGGAUGGCAAUCCAGAAAGAUUGCCAGUGUGACUCAAACUGAUCCCGAAAUCCAAGUACCCGAGGAUAAAUUAAAGAAAAUCGUGUCAUUCUUCGACAAAAUCACUAACCCUGACGACCUUAUAAAUGAAUUUAAGAAAAAUCGAUUCUCCGAGUCGAAUUUACAAACUAUACCUGCAACUACAGUUUCGGAGCUCAGUAAAUCAGAAACAUUGAAUCUGCAGAAGAAAUCUGAAAAAUCGUCGUUGGCUGACGAAUCGAAUCACACUGAAAUAUCACAGUGUACUUCCACACCAGCAAUAAGAUGUCAGCUGUGUGGAGAAUUGUUUGAUAACAGGCGCCAAUUAAGCGUACACAUUGAUGUCCAACACCGUACCAAUGAGAAAUUCACGAAAUUCCACAGCUGCGCUGGAAUUAUUAACGCUCACCCCAAAACUUCCUAUCAACCAUCUGAAAUCAGUAAUUACUCUAAAACGAACACAUUGCAAACUAAACUUUCAUCCAUAAGUGGUGAUCCGUCAACCAAUGUUGUGUAUUAUACGUCUUUAGAAUCAUUAAGCAAGAAAUCUGUUGUUAAUUCGUUGGUCCAAAAGGUGCGUAGUGGUUUUUGUUAUAAGUGGGAGCCUGGUACUAAAAUUAUUCGUGUGUAAUUUUUUGAAUAAAUUAUAUUAAAUGUU